AUGAGUAGCCCACGGCGCAGAAUUGAGACGGAUGUCAUGAAUGUAAGCUUCGAGCAUCCUCCUCCACCUCUUCUGCACUUCUCACACACCCGACACAGGCAAGAGUUCUACGUGCGGUUCAAGGGACCGGCAGAGACGCCAUUUGAGGGUGGCGUGUGGAAGGUCCACGUCGAACUCCCCGACCAGUACCCGUACAAAUCCCCUAGCAUUGGCUUUGUUAAUCGCAUUUUCCACCCCAACAUCGACGAACUGUCCGGAUCUGUCUGCCUGGACGUCAUCAACCAGACCUGGUCGCCCAUGUUCGAUAUGAUCAACAUCUUCGAAGUCUUUCUUCCACAGCUCCUCCGGUACCCGAACCCUACCGAUCCCCUGAAUGGAGAAGCGGCAGCGCUUCUUAUGAGGGAGCCGAAGAGCUAUGAUGCCAAGGUCAAAGAGUAUGUUCAGAAGUACGCGAACAAGGAUGCUGCCGACGAGGCGGGAGCAGAGAGCGAAGACGAUGACGACAUGUCAUCGGUAGCGAGUUUCGGUGACGAGGAUGAUGAACCAGCUGGCCAGAUGGACGAUGUGUAA